AUGCACUUCAACCAACAAAAGUCGAGCCCUGAUCUCAAAUUUGACGUUGCGGCACCGCGGGGAUGGUCUUAUGCCGCUGGCGACACCAUAAUUGGCAACUUGGUGCGCCACAACCCGGUUGUCACUCCCGACGCCGAAAUCACACUCGUGUUGACCGGCCGCAUAAAAUCCAAAGUUGUCAAGUCCAAUGGAAAUAAUGGUACCUCAGUAUUUCGCGAUGAAUAUCAACUCUUCAACUCGAGGCCGCAAGUUCUCUACCGUGGGCCUCUUCAUCUCCCCGAGGGUAGCGAUCAGACGCUCGACUGGCCUUUUGAGGUGAACAUUCCAACAGAGCCUGCAGCAUCAAUGAGACAAAAUCAUCAACAACGGGCAAGCUUUCUACCACUAAUGCAGGAUCACCCCGCACACCAUGUCCUGCCAGGGUCUUUCUUUUGCGCGCCGAACCUGGCUCGUGGCUCACAAUGCAAAGUGGAAUAUGCACUCAAAGCGACACUUCGAUACAAAUUCGGCGGCGAUCAUGUUUGCAAGGCAGUGUGGCCUAUCGACGUUCGAGGCCCUAUGUCAGAAUGUCCCAACCGGUAUGAAGUGAAGGCUAUCAAAGCUCAAAAUUUGGUUCGGAGUCAGCGCUUGCUACCAGGGAUGAAGGAUGCCGAACUAUCCUUCGGACAAGGAAUCAAAAAGUUCUUCGGAACUUCCAGCGUCCCAGAGCUUUUUUACUACGUCGAACUCACUAUGCCUCUCGUGAUCCAGCUUGGCGAUUCACAGCCCCUCCCGGUCUCAUUACUCAUAACGCCUUGGCGAGAACCGACAACCGAUGUUAUAAAAGAUGUGCCGCAAGAAUUCAAAAUAAACUGGAUCAAAUUGGCUAUUCGUCAAUGUACCGAAUUCAGAGCACCGAGUCGUGCAUGGCACAGUUACCGAGAUCAUGUCGAGGCCAAUUCCCUGGACACGGGUCUAGUGAAGCUGUUCACGAAUAUGGAGUCCCCCCUGACGAUAUCUACGGGAAAAGGCAACGAGCCUGUUCAUCUCGGAAAUACAUUUCAGCUUACUUUCUCCUCAAGGGGAUUAUCAUCUGGGACUCGGCUUUUGACCGUGGGUGGUAAAAUCACCCCAGAAUUUACCACCUACUGCAUCAAACAUACGAACUUUCAGGAAUGGCAAGUUUCAAUCACCGUGGCAGGAGAAAUCAGAGUUCAUAAGUUUCAGUCACCCGUGAAGAUCAUUGAUGGACCAUGA